GGCCAGUGGUUUACACGCAUACUGCCCCCGGGUCAGCUCUUCUCGAUCGGUUGCCUGACUUGCCUCCCCGGCCGUCGGUCUCUCUCUAGCUACCCGGCCCGCGCUGCCGCUUAUAUAUCAAGGCCACUUUGGCUUGUUCUAACAGAGUCAGUACAACAGCUAAUACUAUAAUUAAGCUCCUUCCUUACCUUCCUUCAUCCCGACCGGCCGUCUCUAGCUUGUUUCUUGAGCUGCUCUUCAUCUUCGACCGCCUCGAGCUACCUUGUCCGGCCGGCGCCUUGAGGUUAGAGCAGCUUGUUUUGCUUCUCUGCGACGACGCCCAUGCAUGCAUGUUAAUUUGCUUGCCGUGCAUGCAUAUAUGAGCAAGGCUGCGAUAGCUGUUCUUGCUCAAGAUUCAGAAGGUGGAGAAGCUAGCUUGUAGUAUAACCAGCUGGAGAGCAUGAGGGACUUGGGAGAGAGGAGGAGGCAUGGGCAUGGUGGGCAUGUCAACGUUGUUGGGUUUGGAGCAGGAGCAGGAGGUGGACAACAUGCAGAACAUGACCAGGAGAAGCAGAAGGAGAAGAAGCUGGACAUGAGUGGCAUGUCCAUGGACACUCUGCCACACAUAACCAUGUCUCUCGGCCACAUCACCACUCUGGAUCUCUCCAACAACAACCUCGAGAGCAUCCCAGAGUCAGUGAUAGCCCGGCUUCUGAACGUUGUGGUGUUGGACGUCCGGUCCAACCAGCUCAAGUCGCUGCCAAACUCCAUCGGGUGCCUCUCCAAGCUCCGGGUCCUCAACGUCUCCGGCAACCUGCUCGAAUCCCUGCCAGCCACCAUCGAGGAAUGCCGUGCGCUGGAGGAGCUGAACGCCAACUUCAACCAGCUGACGAGGCUGCCGGACACGCUGGGGUUCGAGCUCCACAGCCUCCGCAAGCUCUCCGUCAACUCCAACAAGCUCGCCAGCCUCCCGUUCUCCACCUCCCACAUGACGGCGCUGCGUGCCCUCGACGCUCGCCUGAACUGCAUCCGGGCACUCCCGGACGGCCUUGAGAACCUCAUCAACCUCGAGGUGCUCAACGUCAGCCAGAACUUCCACUUCCUGCGGGAGCUGCCCUACGCCGUGGGGCUACUCACCUCCCUCCGGGAGCUAGAUGUUAGCUACAACUCCAUCUCCGUGCUCCCGGACUCCAUGGGCUGCCUCACCAAGCUCGCCAAGUUCAGCGCUGUCGGAAACCCGCUUGUCUGCCCGCCCAUGGACAUCGUCGAGCAGAGCCUCGACGCCAUGCGCGCCUACCUCAGCUCCCGGAUGAACGGCACUGGCGUCAAUGCCAAGAAGAAGAAAGGAUGGGUGCCCAAGCUGGUUAAAUACAGCACCUUCUCUGGGAGGAUGACGCCCGGGAGGAUGACACCCGGUCGAAAAAGUGCCCAUGACAAUUCGGAAGGUCUGUUGAUGUCGGAUUAUCGCUCACUCCACGGCGUGGCAUCACCAGGGUUUCUCUCCAUGCUGUCACCACGACGGCUCUUCUCGCCACGGAGGAAUUCCCCCAAGCAUUAGUACGGAUGAUGGUCCAUCAGUGUGAGUUGCUUGCUUCAAGCAUUUUCAGAUGAAAUGCUCGUAGGAUAAUUAAGGCGCUGCCGUUCCUGCUGAUGUGUACAUAAAUGUUCUGAAGAGGUAUUAAAUACAGUAAUGUGUAAAGAAGUACAGUAGGGUCAUUGAUGUACAUAGAAACUAAAAAGGUUGGUUUUAAUUUCCUGCUGUGUUUUGUUUACUUGCUACAAAUGAUUCUCCAUGUACAAUACAUUUUUAUAAUUUUUUUGCGUAGUCUA